GCAGUGUAUACUAUAGCUAGGGUUUAGUCUCCGGGUGUAUGACGUCAGUAGAGAAGCCCCGCCUCCCGCACAGUCUCGCGCUCAGCACGCAAACGCUCCAAGCUUGAGUGAAACUGUCCACCGCGCUCCUUCACUUCCUUUACCAUAAACAUCGACAGCGCGGCUGGCUCUGCGUCGGAAGAAACGCGUUGGGUCGCGUCGGCUCGAGAGGACAUGGCCCAGAGGUAGCGCGUCAGAAACCAACAGCGCAUGAGGCAAAAACAAGCGGUGGAGACGCGGGCGUCGCACGCGAACGCGCUGACAGCUCUUUAAAGCCUUCGCAAAAGUUUCGCUGACGCGCUCGUGACGUCGCAGCGCGUCAAAGCGACGCUUCCCGUCCGCGUGUCUGUUAGUUAGUUAGUUUGUUUGUCAGUUCGCGGUCGUUGUGGCAUGGGCGCGAGACAGAGCAGCCCCGCUGCUGCCAACGGGCGGACGCGCGCGUACUCGGGCUCGGAUCUGCCGUCGGGCGACGGCAGAGCGGCGGCGGUGAUGAGGUAUUACCAUCACGGGGCCGCAGGUGCGACAUCGGCGUCCUCUUCGUCAUCGGCCGCGGCGGCUCAGUUUUUCGGCCAUAGGACUCGAUCUGAGGGGGGUGUCGGUACCGGUGGCCCGGCCGUUAGACCGCAGUCGAGCAUCAAUAUACCGAACUCUGGAGCGUACAGUUCACAGGAGUCCGGUAACAGCACGCCGGAGGAGAGAGAGAGGACAACCGGGACUCCAAGACUGUUGAUCGGAUCUUUACCUGCUCACCUGUCGCCGCAUCUCUUCGGAGGUUUCAAGUGCCCUGUCUGCUCCAAGUUUAUCUCCUCAGAUGAGAUGGACCUUCAUCUGGUCAUGUGUUUGACCAAACCCAGAGUGACGUACAACGAGGAUGUGCUGGUGAAGGACGCGGGUGAAUGUGCAAUAUGUCUGGAGGAGUUGGUUCAGGGAGACACCAUCGCUCGACUGCCCUGCCUCUGCAUUUAUCACAAAGGAUGUAUUGAUGAAUGGUUUGAAGUGAACAGAUCGUGUCCUGAACACCCUUCAGAUUAGCAUCAUCUCUCUCACCUCUGCACAGGUGUGCGAGCAGUAAAUGUGAAUCACUUCCUCCUCCUGGACACUGUGACGUCUGCAGACAGAGCGGGCGAGCCGAUCACUCGAGUCCUCCCUCUCUUCUCCUGGCAUCGCCUCUCUAGUCGCCAUACAAACCCUGAUGUGCCAAAACUCAUUCGAGCAGAUCUUCAGGGAAACACUUCCAUCAGCUCUUCCCUCCUCCCGCCCUACAAACACAGACGCUACUGUUGCACAAAUGAACCAAUCAGGAAACACCGAAGAAGGUCUGACCUUAUUUCAUUGGCUGUUGAACUUCACCGAUUGGCUGGACUCAGGGUCAGCUGACCUCUAUGAGCCAUGUCAUCAAUCGCAGUUGAUUGGACUCCAUGACUCUUUAUCUACCAGUGCCUUCAUUUUCAGAUCUUAAGAGCCGAUGGCGGCUGGGUUCUGGAAGUUUAUCACGUCUCCAUCAGCCAUCUGGAUGCAACCGGACAUGACGGGGAGAGAGAGAGAGAGAGAGAGAGAGCCCCUGAUUCUGGUGGGCCUGGAGCCGUACUGACAUCUAAAGUGCCCCUCCUGCGAGACCGUCGUCUGUUUGGCUUCCCGGUUGUCCCGUGUGUCACGAUUCUUGUAGCAAUUCUGUCACAGGACAGACGAAGAUUUACUGUAGCUUCACGCAGGGUUUCCCGGUCGUCACGGUCACUUAUGCAAUUAAAAAUCAUCUUAAAAUUGAAACGCCAUGAAUGAAUGAGAUCACAGAACAACACAGAUGAGAUUUAUCUGUCAGUUCUUCUAAAUGAAAACAUAACCUUGAUGUCAGAGUAAAAAAUGCCAGGAGCUGAUGGAAAAGGGUGUAUAUGUAUAUGGGUAAAUGACACUUUUUUUUCUCUCUUUAUUCUCAGAUGUGUUUUAUUAGUUUAUGAUGUGAGUGAUACAGAAAGAAUGAAAUGGUUUAAUCACACUGGGUCACAUGAUCGCUGCUUCCCCCCACAUCUUUUCUGUAGUUUAGACCGACGACUAGUUCUUACAGAUGUGCUGCUAACUAGCUCUGAAAAAUGACUAAUCGCCGAUUGACGAGGGAUUUACAAUCAUGACGUCUGUGAUGACCUGCGGAUGCGCUGGUGUUGAAUUAUAACCGUCGACUCCCCAAAGAUCAAGUAAAGGAGUAUUUACUGUCAUUCAUGUGCCAUGAUAGCUUUAACAUGCUGCUGAUGUGUUUUCAGAGGUUGUGUCGAGACCGAGUCAUGUUGGAAUUUGGUUUUGAUUUCACAGCAGACGUGUUUAUCACGGGCCGGCCGAUUGCUCAGAAUGCGAUGACAUCAUCGUAGACACAGAAUUAUUUCUAAAUGGCCUUGUGAUAUAUUCGAUCAUUCGCAGAAGAUUUUCAUGAACCAUCGUUUGACUAAAUUCAUGUUUCAGAUGUUUGAUGAUGCACAUGCUCAUUUCAUGUUUUGUAGCUAUGUGCAAACGUCUGGUCUCAGCAGAUGAAUCUGAUUGGAUUAGCUGUCUGUCAAUCAAAGUUUUCAGUGUCCAUGAUGUUAAUUCAUGCUUAUUGCAGUUGAACUUCCUGAAGAGAAACUCUCUGGAGAUGCAAUGACAACAAAUCCAUACCGAACACAUGUGAAGUUAACAGUGCCCACCUCAGACGACCAUAAUGUUUUGUAAUGAUUUACUUUUAUUGUAACAUUCCAUGUAAAAGAACUAUGUACAGAGAUAAUGAAAUUAAACAAGCAACAUUUUUUUGAA